AUGCGAAACGUAAGGUCGCGCAAUCGGGAAGCUACUAGCGCGCUGCAGUUUGAACUACUACAACAACUAGAACUUCUUGACAACGAUCGAGCUACGAUGAGAGCUACGCUGACUGCGGAGGUUGAUGCACAGGCUGCCGAGAUCAAGACGCUAGCUGCUAAGCUCAAAACGGCGGCCGCCGAUAAGAAAACCUCGGUGGCAGAUCUUUAUAAUGAGAAGAUGAGGAACAAGAAAGUGGAAGAAGCACUGACCGCAGAGAUCAAGACGCUGGCCGCCAAGCUCAAAUCGUCGACUGCCAAGGAGGAACGCCUCGAUGCUGAUCUCUAUGACAAGAAGAUGAGCAACAAGAAGGUAGAACAAGACCUUAAGAAGUCAUAA